GGCAGCCAUUCAGCCAGCCAGCCAGUUACGUGGCCGCUUUCCCCCUUUAGAGGGUAGCAGUCGUGGCUUCACGUUUCCGCCGUAGACACGCCAAGUCUUGACCGCAUUUUCAAACCCCGCACCCGUGGAAACCAGUCGACAUCUGGACGAUUUUCCGAGGAUUUCCGGAUCUCCUGAAACCCGUGGUCAGGAUUCCAGAGGAUAUUCCAGUGGAUUCCAGUGGAUUCCAGCCCUUUGAGGACCUGUGGAGACGAUGGGGCCAAUUUUUUUUCAAUUUCAGGAACUGGGCGAUGGAAGCCGUGGAUUCCCCGUAGUUGCCGUUCCCGUGGAGGCCCCGAGGAUCAACUACGGGCUUUACCUUUCGGCCUUUGGACAUUUUUGUCCCCUCAUCUACCCUGGGGCAAUGGAGGACCUGAUGGAUGGAUCCGAGGAGGAGGACGACGAUGAAUCCGUGGAGGACGAUGGACCCGUGGAUGAUGAUGAUGAUGGUUAUGGAACCGAGGAGGAGGAUGACGAGGAUAUGGAUGGAUUUUGGGAUGCCCAUCGGAAAAAGCGGCGCUGGUGGAACAAGGCGUUGCGGAAAUGUCCGGGAAGAUGUCGUCCGUCAAGCCAACCACCACUCUGUUGACCACAUGGGAUUGUCGCUUAAUUGCCCGUCAGUGAUGCCCACCACCCAGACCGUAGUCCAAGCCAUGCAUGCUCUCCUAAGUUCGAAGACAAGCUCAGUCUCUUGGCAUCCAGCCUUGAAACGGCCUGCCCAACAUUGAUUGCUCCUCAAUCCAAUCUCUGAAGUGGUGGUGUGAAGGGAUUUCACUUCAAUGUGUGUUUGAGCAAGUCAAGUCCGUACUUGCCUCACCACUCAAUUUGGGAAUAUGCCAGCUGGGAACCAAGACCAUCCUCCAAACGGAUGGGUCCAAGUUCAAGGGCCUUGGGUUUGCACUCCUGCAACGCCAUGAGGGUGAGUGGAAACUCUUUCAAUGUGGAUCUCGUUUGUUGAAGGAUACCGAGAGUAGACUUGCCACCCUCGAGCUCUUAGAAGUUUAGGCAUAAACCACUUAAAAUUAUGGACGUACCUCAAUGACCAAGACUAGCCAUCAGGGCUGCACCAAGAGCCUUGUCAUGAUGCAGGUUCGUCCUGUCCACAGCUUUCUUGAAGCUCGAGAAAACGCAAUUUUCAACCUAUGCCUGCCAGCCAGCCCUUAUAUAUCUUGACCAACAAAUCGGGCGAAAGUUUCUACACACAGCCUCAAUGUACUUGCGGCUGCAUUGGCUUUUUGGUAUGACGAGUCUUGGCCGAGGUACGUCCAUAAUUUUCAGUGGUCUUUGGCUUAGGUUAUCGACUGAGCCAAUAAGAGAGGAUAGAAUUUGUUUGGCAGGUUUGGGGAAGAGAUGAAUUCAUAUGGACUGUAGUGUUUCAAUUGGCAUGGCUCCUCUUGAUCGACCCGAUCGACCCGAUCGAAUACUAACUAGAUGUUGUAGCUCACGAAAAGACUUUCAUUACACUUCACUUCAUUGUUGCGUUUCCUUGAAAUCACGCUUGCCAUAGGCUUCCUACGCUACACAAAAUAGGGGUUGUUUACGUUCUGCACUUCAGAGGGCGCUUUGUGAGCCAGCUUCUACCAAUUCAAGGGUCGAUUAUUCUUGUUUGAAUUAGCAUGCAUUUGAGUCACUUGUUUUGAUGCCAUAUCAAGAAUAGUUUGUUUCGUAAUCUACCAUGCCUCUUCCCAACCUCGUUUAGGCUGUCAAAUUUGUGGGAAAAUGGGCCCCUUCUAUUAAACAAGAUCAAAGGUCUUGGAAAAAGAGUCUUUACUUUCCAUUUGAUUUUCUGUUUAACUUGCUC